GGUUUUUUUAUUUAUAUUACUGUCGUGAUAUGCUUAAUACUUUGCACUAAGCAUCUCACAAUUAUCAAUGAAAAAUGUAUAAUUUGUAUUUUAAACAACUUGUAAACAAACAAAUAAUUUAUCUGUCAUAACAAAUAUGCUGUUCAAUACAAUUUAUUAUUAUUUAUAUAUAUGCCAACUCAUCUAUUGUCAACUAUAUUAUCUAAUAUAAUUAUCAUGUAAUGUAUACUUUGAAACAAUAAAUAAUAAUCAUAAAUAACACAAACGGCAAUAUCCCUGGAUAUGGGGGUACCUCUUCAGUACUAUAAAAAGCACUGAUAUCCAUUAGAGAGACAGAGAGCCACGGCUACGGCUAAGGCCAGAGCCACAGCUCCAGUAAGCUAGUUCUUUCCUACAAACUACUCUUGCUAUUACAUUUUGAUCACGGCCCCGUGUUGCCGUUUGAGUUAUUUUAUUUUGUUUACUUUAUUUAUGUUUAAAACUUAUUUUGAUCUAUAAAGACAUUAUUACCAUAAACAAAUAACAUUGAGUAAAAAUUGGCAUUUCUGGUAAAUACUUCAUUUAUCUUCUUGGACAUUACAAAAUACGAAGAUUAAAUUGGUCACAUGCUAAUAAAACACUCAAAGUUAGAUGAAAUUUUAUUAAAUGAUAAUGAUAAUUAACCAUAGUUGUUUUCCAAUUACACCGAUAUUAUGGAACCGUGUGCCCUGGUGAGUAAAGUUCGAAACCGUUGCAAUGGACACUAGCGGCGUAAGAUCAAUACAAUCAAUCACUUAUGUAGAACAUCGGGUUUAAAAUGGCUCCACGAACGUUGAUGAAUACCACAAAAACACUUCUACUCAUUUCUCUGAACGUUUGCUUAAUUUAUACAAAACAAUUAUCGAAUUCAAGUAUUCCUCGAGUAAAUAACACCAAUAUUGAAAAACCGAAGGACCAAAAAGAUAUUAGAACAGGAGAUUACUAUCCAAGUCCUGAAGUCAGCGAUUUAUUAAGAAAAAAUAAUAUUGAUAUAAAUAAUGUAGAAGAGAUUUCAUCAGAAUUAAAAUCCAAAUUAAUUGAAGGUAUUCUACUACCCGUUCCACCAAUUGGGAUUUUAGCACCAGGUAUAAAAAAAUCAUUGGAAGGUGAUAUUUUCCCACCAUCAAUAUCACAUUUUUAUGAUCAAUCGGAAUCAUCAUUUUUAAAAUCAAAUGUUCCAGAAUUUUCUCAUUUUACGUCUUCUAUUAUGUCACCAUUAUCGUAUGACCUUACGCCUAUACAUUCUUCCUUAAAAUCUACCGCCUCACCUAUUUUCCCUUUCACAUCAUCACCAAAUAUGUAUAAUCCAUUGCCUUCGACUCCGUAUUCGUAUAUGACGAAAUUUCAAGAUCUACCCGAAUCAUACAAUCAAUUUUAUCAUUAUCAACAAAUGUAUGCACCUUCAAAUGGUUGGAACUAGUGAAUUACAUAUGAUUAUUUAAAAAAUUAAUGUUAUUAAAUGAGAAUAAACGUUAGGUUAUUAAUUACAAUGUAUAAUCUUUUGAUGAGUGUUACUUGGGAUACAUUUUUUUUUAAUUUCUUAUUGUAGACAAUUUAUAAUUAAAACAAACUUUUAGUUGAUUAAUAUUGGUUAUUAUUCAUUUCACAAUAGAAGUUAUAAAUAAUAUUCAUAUUUAGAUAUAAUAUUAAUAAUGAUUAUUGUAUUAAAUAAAUUAUACUUCAUGAUUGUUAUUUUUGUAAGAUAUAUUAGAAUUUAUACAAGACUUUCUAUUUAUUAAGUAGAUUAUGACGAGUAUGUGUUUAUUAACUAGAUGUUUUUGUCGACUAAUUAUUGUUCAACGUUUGUUUACUAAUGUUUUACUGGAUAAUAAAAAUUACAUAGUAACCGGAUAUUAAGUAUUACUUCACAUG